UGGAACAUCUCGUAGAACGUUACUUUAAAUUGAAUCGAUUUCUUCUAUUUGUUACCGGACUGUGGCCUUAUCAAAGCGAAUGGAGUGCUUAUUUGAUGAGAAUUAUUAACUUUGCUGUCUUGCUAAUAUCUGCAUUUAUUCAGAUGAUGACUAUUCUUACAUCUGAACUUACUCUGGAAUUCUUAACCAGUGUAUUACCAAUGAUUUUACCUACAUUAGGUUUCAUGAUGCAAAUGUAUUUACGUAUCAGAUUUAUAGACAAACUUAAAAAAUUAUUCGAAUAUAUGUGGGACGACUGGGCAUUGCAAAAGACGCACGAUGAAAUCAAAAUCAUGUAUGAACAUGCUGAAACCACAAAAUUAUGGACGCUUGGUUAUUUCAGUUUCUACUAUCUAGCCAUAACGAUAUAUAGUGUAUGGCUGUUUACGCCAGAGAUUUUGGACAUCAUAUCGCCUAUAAAUGAAUCCCGCCCGCGAAUACAACUAUCGUAUAUGCGUUUUGAAUUGUUUAUCGAUGAAGACCGAUACUUUUACUUUAUUCGAUUUUAUAUAUGCAUUAUGAGCUUUGUCACACCAUUAAUAUCUAUGGCCUGUUCUACUCUGUUCGUGGUUUUUACGCAACAUGUUUGCGCGAUGUGCGAAUUGCUGGGGUAUCGCGCGGAACGCUUAUUCUGUACUGUCGGAAAUAGAGGAAAUAGGAAGAAAUGCAAUUUAUUUUGUGAAACAAAAAUAAAUUGUGAAAAGAUAACUGUUUUUGUACGGCUACAUAACAACAUUAUAGAAUUCAUUGGUACAAUCAAUAGUUAUUAUACAGUACCGUGUCUAAUGGAUCUCGUAGGAUUUAUAUUAUUGACAGGCAUUACAGUCUUUCAGAUACUAUCUGCUGUUAAAAUUGAGCAAGCUAUAAGAUCUAUCAUUUUAACUUCCAUGUUGUUGUGUCAUAUGUUUAUGCAUAAUUAUAUGGGAGACAAAGUCACAGAUAAGAGCUCGAAUGUAUGUGAAAAAGUGUACAAUUCGGCGUGGUAUGAUACACUUAUUUUGGAACAAAAAUUAUUGCUGUUAAUAAUUAGACGACGUUCCAAUCCGCUUGUCUUGUCUGCCUGGUUUUACAUCUUCUCCUUAUCGAAUUUCGGAUUGAUACUUCAAACGGUGUUCUCGUAUUGUAUGUUCAUCAGACAAAUCUGAGGACAUUUUUACGACAGACAUAGAAAUGUAGAAGAUGUAGACUUUUAGCCUAUGUUAAUCUAUGAAAAAACACGUAGUGAUCCUAUUUUCAAUGCUAUAUUGAAAAAUUUUC